GCAUCGGAUCAGGCUAAGCGUUAUGGCAACCUAACUAUACAAUGCAAUUCGGUUUCACCAACACAGGAUUUAACGAAUUUUGUGCGCAUUUUACCUUUACCAUCCCAAGCACAAAAAGUUCCUAGGCGCGUAUUUGCGCCACCACAGCCACCGAGCGAAGUCAAUGAUGCUGCUGAUCUCAAUGAUAUAACACCAAUUUUACGCAAUGAGCUUGUUUUUGAUCGUCAUUCGACAUUGUCCUUGCGACCUGCAUUGGAGUCAUUGAAACGUGAAGCCAUUGAUUUGGAAAUGCAAAUUCGACAAUUGCAGGACUCCAUUGAAGUGUUGAAUCGCACACAGUCGCGUGGUAUUGAGGGUCAAUUGUAUAAUAAAGUAAAUGAGUUGCAAGAGGAUCUAUCAAUGAAGAAGUUCGAUUUGCGUGCUAAACAAAUUCAUUUAGCUGCAAUACGUGCACAGAAAGAUUUAUUCGUGAGUAAAGUUGAUCCGGGUUCACCACGCGUAGAACGAAAACUUCCCGCCGCCAGUGCGCCAUCGAUGAAAACAAAGUGGCUUAAAGCAUUUAAAAGCCUAAAGCCGGCUUCUGGUUCAGCAGCACAAGCAGAUAGUUACAGAUAUGCACACAAAAAUCGCUCGACCAUUCGGGGAGCCAUUAAUGCUGAAUAAGAAAAUUUUGAAGAAUAGCUCAACGGGAUCGAAUGCAGGAUCCAUCGAAACGGCAUCCAGCACAGUGGGCGCAAAUAAUGUGAAAAGCGUAACUUUAGCAACAACAACAACCACAACAAAUUUGUCAACAACUGCAUCCAAUGAUGGCAGCAAGCCAAAACGAAAAAUUCGGUUAAAAUGAAACUUUUAAGUCAGCAAAAAUAUGUAAAGUACUUGAGAAUUAUGCAAUUAAAAUGAGAAAAAUGAACCCAAACUGCAAUUGGAAUAUUUUAAAAUGCAAAUCAGGAUGACAGAGCAAAAUGUUGUCACCUGCUGUGUAACAAAUUAUCGAAAUGUGUAGGGCGGGGUCAUAAGCAAAAUUUGCAUUAAAUUCGCAAUGCCAGGGAUUUUUCAUAUAAAUUUUUGCCAUUACAAGUCAUUUUGAGAAAUUUUUUAUACGCAAGUGUCUCUGUUGGGAAAAUGUAAUAUCAGUAAAAAGUUCAUUUUAAAUGAAUUGUAGUUAAUCCUUAAAUAAAUACGAGUAUGCUACAUAAUAGUCCAUAUAUAAAUUUAUGUUGAAGUAUUUAUUUGUAGCAUAAUGUCUGAACACUUCAAAUUGCAUCCAAAAGGUGAAUUUGCUAUUUAAAAAUGUCUCUUUUCGUUAUAAAUUUUAGAACAUAAGUUCUUUAAGUUUUACUCCUUUUUAAAUCCAAUAUAAAAAGAAUAAUACAAUCCUAUACCGUUCUAAUUGCUAACUGUAAUAACAAUCUACUCUUUUAAUACAAAAACUCAGUCCCCAAAAAGCUUUAAUGCUCCUUAACAGAUAUGGGUAUUUUUUAGAAAAUGCAACCCAAUUUUUUGAACAACUAAAAUCUUAAUCCUUUCAAAGUCAAUAAAAAAAACAUUAAGAAUUUUGUAUCCAUAUAUCACAGCUCCAAACUCUUCAAUGUAAAGUAAAAGAGAUACUCUCUUUUCCGUUAAAGUAUAUAAAGCCUCAGAAAUUAUAUACGAAUAUUAUUAAAUAAAAUAUUACAUAUUUUUAAAAAAAUUAUUUUUAUAUACAAUAAUCUCAUAUAAAACGAAUAACG